CAACACAUGCUUAAACCUUCUUGAAUGACAUCCAUCCCAAAUUGCAAGAGUUCAAUAACCCACUCUGGAUUUCCUCAUCUGUUCAUCAUUUCUACAGAAUUUUCUCUCCCUGAAGUGGUUGGUUCAUAUAUCAACGACAAGUUUAAAGAACUGUGUUUAAGUGCAAAAUUUGUUUAAGCACAUGAAGAAUCACUCUUAAAUAUGUUCAAACUCAAAGUAGUUCAUCUUAGCCUGCAAAUUUUCUGCAAAUCGUGAAGAAAUUUGGCGAGAAAACAACCUGGAAACAAGAACAACAUCAGAAAAGAAGAACACAUAUUAGAAACGAAGAGAUCCGUUGGUUUUUUUAGGGUAAUGGAUAUUCAUCCAUGGAUUGAGUAUCUUGAAGCAAGAAAACGGUACCGGGUUCAUAAAUUCCAGCCCUCGUGGGUUCGACCGUACCAUUGGUUCGCUGAAAAUUCUUUUGGAAAAGUAAAGAAAUCAGUUACUUGUUGUAAUCAAGAUAUGAAUUUAAGGGCGUAAAGGAUUCUCCAUCUUGGUGGACUCGAAUGUUGAUCUUUAAAGCUACGGACUACUUAGGGUUUUCGAUUUUCCUGAUUUUUUCCAUUCCUUGGGCGAUCUUCCUUCCUUCACUCGGUUGAAUUCCGAGGCCUCUUGUCGCAUUCGGAAGAAAACUGGUUUUUCUGUAAUCAGUUCUUCUUUUCUUUCACAACGACUAAGUUUUCUCUGGUUUUCAAUUGAAUUCUGAGCAGAUUCUGUGUUCAUAUUUGUGAAGUUCUUAUAGCUAAUCCAGAGCUAGCAGUUCUUCAUAUCUAUCGAAGUUCAUUUACUUUCAGUCAACUCUUUGGGAGUUUAAAUUAUGAGUUGAUGCUGGAGGCAAGGAUUUUAAAGUCUCCUGUGAAAAGCUGGAGAGAGUACAUUACUAGAGAGGGUUCAUUGCUCUUAUAUAACUCCAAUGGUGUUUCAUUCUCAAGUUCCUUCAAGAUAUACUUGUAGGCUUCUUGCAAUCCCCUGUGGGAGUGUUCCUGAAGAUAGAUUUCAGAAGGAUAAUCCAGAGGAUGAGCAGAGAUAUCCCUUUCCACAAUUAAAUUCUUCUGGGCGUUUGGAGGUCCAGGUUUUGCCCAAUCCUAGUAAAGAUGAGUUUUGUAGGACUAUUGAAUCGUAUAGACCGAACAUUGUUUACUUACAAGGGGAACGACUCGAGAAUGAUGAAGUUGGUUCUUUAGUAUGGGAAGGUGUUGAUUUGUUCACCGUAGAAGCGAUUAGUGGGCUCUUUAGUUCUCCGUUGCCCACCACUGUAUAUUUGGAAAUAGCCAAUGGAGAUGAAGUAGCUGAUGCACUUCAUUCCAAGGGUAUUCCUUAUGUCAUAUACUGGAGAAGCACAUUUUCUUGUUAUGCAGCAUGCCAUUUCCGUAAUGCAUUUCUUUCGGUUCUUCAGAGUUCAUCUGCUCAUACAUGGGACGCAUUUCAACUUGCACAUGCUUCAUUUAGGAUGUAUUGCUUGGGAAACAGCCUUGUUCUUCAUAACAGUAGUCAUAAUGACGUUAGUGAAGAUCUAGGACCACAUCUUCUAGGAGAACGUUUGAGAAUAAACGUUGAACCCCUUGAGAAAGAGGCAGCUGAUGAUGAAGAAAGUUCAUCGGAAGUUCCUUCUGUUAGCAUACUUGAUCAUGAUGUUGAAAUGAGAUUUCUCAUAUGUGGUGAACCAAGGUCAUUGGAUGCUUACGUAUUAGGAGCUCUGGAGGAUGGUCUUAACGCUCUCUUGGACAUUGAAAUUCGGGGGAGCAAACUUCACGGCAAGUUCAGUGCCCCUCCUCCACCUCUCCAGGCAGGAAUGCACUCUAAUGGUGUUGUGACCAUGCGCUGUGACAUAUCAACAUGCAGUUUUGCCCACAUCUCACUAUUGGUGUCGGGUAGUGCACAAGCUUGUUUUGAUGAUCAGCUAUUUGAAAAUUAUAUAAAGAAUGAGAUUAUAGACAGAAGCGAACCAGUACAGACACUAAUAGAUGGUGAUGGAAGCAAACACUCGCGUGAGCCACGGAAAUCUGCUUCAGUUGCUUGUGGGGCAACAGUUUUCGAAGUUAGCAUGAAGGUCCCUUCGUGGGCAUCUCAGAUUUUGAGGCAGUUAGCCCCUGAUGUUUCUUACCGAAGUUUAGUGGUACUUGGCAUUGCCGGCAUUCAGGGUUUGUCUGUAGCUUCUUUUGAGAAGGACGAUGCUGAACGCCUCCUUUUCUUCGGUUCAAGGAAGCAAAGAGAUUUAUUUCUAAACAAUUUAACCGAUAGCACACCUCCAAGCUGGUUGAAACCACCUGCACCUAGAAAGAGAUUAAGAAAUGUGAAAGACAUAAGCCUUGGUUCUCAUGAUGUUAUUCAACAUCUUAAGGUUUCGUCUGGUAGCAGAAUAGACGGCGAGAACAUGGAAAUAGGAUCGAGGAAUGGUUUCAGCACUCCCAUGUUUCCACUCCCGAGAAGGAGAGGAAUGAAAAUUGCCGCAAUGAGGCCCAUUCCUCACGUUAAUCGCCAUAAAAUGAUAUCUUUUCGUGGAAUAGCUGAGACAGGUGGGCACAAUGGAGGCCUGUUUAAAGCUAGUGUUUCUUCUAGUAAUUCAGCGAAGCAUGUUACUGUAGGUUCAGCUUCAGUUUUGCAACAAAAAAUGUUCUCAAGUGCAUCUCAAUAUAAACAAAUUAUUCCCAUGAAUCCACUACCCUUGAAGAAGCAUGGUUGUGGCAGAAGCCCUAUACAGGCUUGCUUUGAGGAGGAAUUUUUGAAGGAUUUGCUGCAGUUUCUUGCUCUUCGAGGUCAUAAUCGACUUAUUCCUCCUGGUGGGCUUGCUGAGUUUCCAGAUGCAAUACUCAAUGGAAAGCGUCUCGACCUUUACAACCUGUACAAGGAGGUGGUUUCAAGAGGUGGCUUUCGUGUUGGAAAUGGUAUUAACUGGAAAGGACAGAUCUUCUCAAAGAUGCGCAAUUACACCAUGACCAAUAGAAUGACUGGUGUUGGAAACACGCUUAAAAGACAUUAUGAAACUUAUCUUCUCGAGUAUGAAUUGGCGCAUGAAGAUGUAGAUGGUGAAUGUUGCCUGUUGUGUCACAGUAGUGCAGCGGGGGACUGGGUGAACUGUGGCAUUUGUGGCGAGUGGGCUCACUUUGGUUGCGACCGAAGGCAGGGUCUCGGCGCAUUUAAGGAUUAUGCAAAAACUGAUGGAUUAGAAUACAUAUGUCCACACUGUAGUGUUGCUAAUUACAAGAAGAAGAAAGUUGGUAAUGGGUUGUCUCCAGGCUUAUCCUCAAGACCAAUAUGA